GCUAUAACUAUAAAUAAGUGGGAAACCUUGUACGAACUAUUCAGAGUUAGUUUGAAUUUGAAACUGCAAUACCCUAGUUCAAUAUGUCAAAACUAUUCAUUUUGACUUUGGCAGUCCUCAUCGCAUGUGCCGUAGCAGUACCCGGAGGAUAUGGUCAAGGAGGAGGUCACAGUCAUGGCGGUAUUGAACAGGGAAAUCACGCAGGACAGCUGGGUGGACAUCACGAUAGUCAUCAUGGAGGGCAUGAGGCUGGACAUCAAGGUGGUCAUUUAGAUGGACAUCACCACGGUGGUAAUUCAGACGGACAUCACCACGGUAGUAAUUCAGAUGGACAUCACCAAGGUGGAUAUAAAACCAAAGUAGGCUACUGAAAAUCUGUUGAAUACUAUUAUAUUUGAAAUAUAUGUUCACAUUCACGUGUAAAAUGAA